GACUUGCAGCAAAUAGAAAAGUUCGUUGAUUUGUAUAAUAAUUGUCCCAAAACGGAUUCCGGUAGUAUUGAACCUACAGAGAUUCAAAAAAUCUUCAUAGAGUUUGGUAUGGCUGACUCAAGACAUAAUUCGAAAAUGCUGUUCACACCAAACAGAUCCGCUGAGAAAGAGUUGAUGGAGUUGUUGUUGGUUACGGCAGAACGUGGUAGGAAGAAACACACAAAAAAAGGGUUCAUGCAUACGUGUAUGGUCUGGUCUAUCUUAAGCGAUUUCGUAGAAUACGACAAAGAUAGUGAUGGUUUUCUUUCUGAGGAAGAGUUGUCAACUAAGAUGAAGACCAUGAAUUUUUAUUGGUUUUCUAUGCCAGACUUGGAUAAUCCUCGAAAUGACGAUAGAGGUAAAACAAACAUUGCGAAAUUCUUCAAAAUUAUGUUCAGCUACUAUAUAGAGGAAAUUGAGUGAGCCAUUGUACGCGAUGAUGAC